AUGCAAAGUGACAGUGCCAAGCUGAUCAAAACCGAAACAGAAAUCUAUGAAACCAAAUUUAAACUUGAUAUCGAAAAACUCGAAAAUGAAAAGGAAGAAUUGAAGCAACAGAUUAUUAAUCUUUAUGUAGAAAAGGACGAUAAGGAUGAUCAGUGCCGUCGUUUAAAUGCGGAAAUAGAUGAAUUAAAGCAUAAAUCGCAGAGCGAUAUCGAGAAAAUCCGCAGUGAUAUGGUGUGCACCCAAGAAAAAUAUCGUAUGGAAUACGAUAAUGAACGUGAUAGUCAUGCAAAAAAAAUCGAUUCAUUAAAUGCAACAAUCGAAGAGUUGCAAAUAAAAUUGGGGAAUGCUGAGCGAGCGCUGUUAGACUUCCAGAAUCGCGGGAAUAUUCUUGAAGGAGAAAAUAACGAACUGAAAGAAAAACAUGAAGUAUUAUUCUCAGAAAUGGAACAGUUACGCAGCGAAUUAGGAGCAGUACGAAAUGAUGCAGAUAAAUUAAAACAGGAAAUUAAUCGCUAUAAAUUGGAUUUGCAAGCAGCAGAAAAAGAAAUUAAAUCGUUGACUUCCACCAAUGAUGAAAUGAAAGUGCAGUUGAAUACUGCGGAUGACAAAACGAAUUCGUUAAAUAAGACCAUUAGAGAUCAAGAGCUCAAGAUUCUCGACUGUGAGUUAUUUAAGGAAUAA